AGCUUAAUGAAUUACAAAAUACGUUAGAUCUGUUCAAUAAACAUCAGACUGACAUCGAAAGUAACAAAGAUUUUACGUGUGAAACAAAUGUUACAAAACAAGUAAAGCUUGAAUUGCCCAUUGGAAAACACAUUACAAAUUGCCUGAAUUGUAAUAUGACUUGUCACGAGGACUGUGCACUUGCUGACGAUGAUCAAAAACGUGGCUGUAAGGCAAUGGAUUCUAAAGAUGGACGAAAUGGCCGAGUGCAAAGGAAGGUUGAGAGAAAUUGCUUUGAGUCCCGACCCUCUCUCAGCUGUUGAUCACAUUGACCAAAUGAUUCAAGCUGAAGAAAUAAGUAAGCAAGUAGGCUAUGAACAAAGAAUACAGAUGCUGAAUGAAUUCAAACAAUUAGCUCAAACUGAUCAGAGUGUUGAAAACUUUGGACAGAUUGUUCGUAAAGCUAAGGAUGCUUUAUUUAAAACAACUGGUAGAAAGGUAGUACAGAAGGCAAUUCCAAGGCUUGGUAGACGUAAAUCCAUGUCAAAAAAGUAAUGGCUGUACUUUUAAGUAUUCAAAUUACUAUCAAUCUUUGGUAGUCAUUUUGUUUUUAGAGAAAUUUUUUUUCGAAUUUAUAUACAGGUAUUUAUAUUCAUGUAUAUACUUUGGAUAAGGAGCGAAGCGUCUGAAUCAAGCUCCACAUUGCUUCCCCUAAAUUGGAAUAUUCUCAAACCAAUGUACAUUUAGAAACUUUUAGAAAAUUCGUAUAAAGAAUAAGACGAUUUGAGAUAAAAUAUUUGAUAAUGAUGUUAAGUAAUUUUUUUUAUAUUAAGGUCAAGUAAGUCACUUUGAUGAUCUUUUGAUAUUCUUUUUUUGCCCGUCAUCGUCAGUCAUUCAGAUUUGCAUUCUCCUAUGUGCUAAAACUUUCAAUUUUCAACAUAUUAUACUGAAUGGAAUAAAUGUCUAAACCAAUCGUGGUAUAAUGCAUUAAUAUUAAAAUGGAAACAUAAAUUGUAAAUUUCAAGGUUUCUUCCUUCCGGUUGCAUUAAAAAGCAUAAAAAUAUGAUAAGUAAUCUUCACAACGCUUUUUUACUCCUUCAAAUAAAGCAGUCAAAUGGUGGCAUAAUCAUGGUAAGCAUGAGCAUAUAAAUUGUGAAACUAAUGACCCAAGGCGUUAGAAAUGAAGCAAAAAAAAUCAUUGAUUUGACGUUAAAAAUGCAUUAUAUUUGUUUCUUUGAAAUUUUCUUUACUUCUAGAAAUCGGAGGCAACUUGUUUGCAUGAUGAUUAUAAUUAAUGAAACCUAAACAAUAUUGUGAAAUCCAUGACCUGGUU